GUUCCCCCUCCGACAUCCUGACUUUCAGCCAAGCUGCCCUCUUGCCACGGUAAAAAUUGCUGUUCGAAUCUCGCCCGCAUCGCACUCCGACAAGACCGAAAAACGUUCAUCAUGAGUGUCAAGCACAUCGUCUACUUCCAAUUCAAGGCGACCGCCACCCCAGACGACAUCAACAAGUGCGUCUCCGAUAUGCUUGGUCUGAAGAACAAGUGCGUCCACCCAACCACGCAGAAGCAGUAUAUCAAGUCCUCGGUUGGUGGCAAGGACAUUUCAAUUGAGGGUCUCCAGCAUGGGAUUACCCAUGCCUUCAUCGUCGAGUUCGAUUCCGUUGCCGACAGAGACUACUACGUCAAGGAGGAUCCGGCGCAUAUUGAGUUUGUCAAGACCUACGUCACUUCGCCGGAUACCGUUCUUGAGAAGGGCCAGGUUAUUGAUUUUGUCACUGGCGAAUUUUAAAUUCGCUCCCCAUGUGGAAAAAGAUGGCCCGCAGCGGGUGUGCGAUGUAGUCUCUAGACAGACCUUCAUCAGACAAAAGUCAACAGAUCAAACGGACAUGGCCGAGCGACCUAGCAACCUAGCGACCUAGCGUGGGUGUUUCACGCCGGAUGUGGCUCUUCUUCAGGCCUCUUGUGGUCCAGUGUCUAGUAUACACUAUGACGAUAUGUCGAAUACUAGGCUGCCAGGAGAUGAAACGAAUUCAGCACACAGGAAACCUGGUGUGGUGUUCGCUGCGACAUGGCAUCUACCAAUCAAAGUAAAAAAAAAAAAAAAAAAAAAAAAAA